AUGUCGUUGCUCCAACUCAGUGGCGUCGAGCAGGCGGAGGCGGGACUUGGCGAGGAGGCCGCCCGGGCGACCGGCUGGGUGGCGCGGCGCGUGGUGGACUCCUUUGCGGCGCUGCGCGGGUACCUCCGGGAGGCCCACGGCUGCCUCGAGAGGGUGGACCCACACCUGCGCAACAACGCCGAACUGGCGGCCCUGCUGGCGACGCCCCGCCCGGGCCAGGAGAGCUGGGAACUCGGGCGGCGGUACCUGCGGAACGCCGAGCUGUGCAAGCUGCUGGGGAGGCUUGCGGCACAGCUGCGGACUCUGCAGGGGCUCGUGCCCGUCUUCGGGGCGAUGUGCGCCACGUGCGACGCCGAGCUGUUUAUGGUUUUGCCCAGGAGGUCCUGUGGCUGUGCUUCCUGGCGGACCCCCCCGCCUACGCCGCGCAGCUGA